GCGCGCGCGGGGUGGGGUGGAGUCGGUCGGCUGUGCCGGCGGCGGGCGGCGGGGGCGGCGCCGGGGACGAGGCGUCGUGUUCUGGGGCAGAGACCAGCGAUGGCGUCCGAGCGGCCUGAGAUGAAGGAUGGUGAGGACCAGGAGGAGGAGGUGGCGGUGGCGGUGGUGGAGCCGCGGCGCAGAGCCCUCUUCGAUCGACACACGGCCAAACAGGUGGCAGCAGCGCUGGCCUUUUCGCAGACCCACUCGGUGAUCGGAGCGGCCGUCGCCUUCAUUAGUGUGUUCAUCAUCCAGGAAUCGCAAACAGAGAACGGCCACCUGUCGGUCGGCGAGGUCACGUGGGUGGUGUCGGGCCUGCCGAUUGGUCUGGUGGCCGGCAACCUGUUGUCGACGGUGCUGACACCUAUACUGGGCUACCGGCGGCUGGUUCAACUGGCGGCGCCCGUCAGCAUCUGUAGCUGGUUGACGCUGGCGCUCAGCUUCCGGUUCCCGCUGCUGCUCGUCGCCAGGGUGGUUCUCGGCGUGGCGCUCGGCGUCACUGACGGCCCGGUGCGGGCCUACAUCAGCGAAGUGACGUCGGAGCGUCUCCGCGGCCCGCUGGGUAUGCUGCCCCACAUCUGCAUCACCAUCAACAUGCUGGCCGUCUACGGCGUCAGCUCCCAGACCUCUUGGCGUAACGCAGUUCUGUUCUGCGGUAUCGCGCCGUCAGUGCCACAGUUUUUAGCCACACUGUUGCUGCCAGACGCUGCCAAAUGGCUGCUGGCCCACGGCUACCCGGCAGAGGACGCCAGAAAAUCUAUUCUAUUCUUUCGGGGCCACCCCGAGACGGCUGACCUCGAGGUCAAGGCCAUCCUCUCCUCGCUGAAGGGCGACGUCAGCUCGCGCAGCCCGGUGCUAGUGCGCAUGCGCGCUGUGCUGACUCAGAGUCGUCACCGGCGGCCAUUUCUGCUGCUGCUCGUUCAGCUGUUUCUGUUUGUGUUCAACUCGGGGGAGGCUAUCGCCAACUUCACAACGGUGAUUUUCGCGGCGGCCACCAGCGACAGUAACCCGUACUACAGUACCAUCUGGGUGGUACUGGCCCGCCUGCUGGGCUUCUUUCUCUCCGCCUGGCUGAUCGAGCGGAUCGGCAGGGUGCGCCUUCUGCAGGCGUCAGCGGGGGUGCAGAUGUUGGGCAGCGUGCUGGUGGGUUUCUUCUUCUACUACCGCUCCUCGCUGGCGGCGCACGGCUGGCUGGUGCUGGUCGGGGCGCUCAUCAUCUUCUUCACCUACGGCGUGGGCAUCGCGCCCGUGACGUGGGUGUACUUCUCCGAGCUGACCGCCAGCGCGGUCCGAUCCGUCAGCCUCAACGUCCUGCUCGUCUGCUUCGGACUCAUGAUGUUCAGUUUUGUUCACUCGUACGUGUGGUUGGAGUCCGUGUUGGGAAUACACGGCGUGUUCUGGGCGCUGUCAGUGCUGAGCGUUGUACAGAUCGUGUUCGCUCAGAUCUGGCUGCCCGAGACUCGCGGACUCACCUUGGAACAGAUCCAGAGCAGGUAUUUUGAAGGAGCCCAGGACGAGAGUGACAACGAGUCAGAGAAGGCACAUGAGAUGCAUCGCGAGCCAGCUCAACAGAAUGCAGUGUGAAGCAUGAGGUCUGUGUAGAGGCGUCUUUUGCGUGUCAUCGACCUUGGGAGGCUGCCCUUGUUCUCUGUUAGCGUUUCUCCAUAUACACCACAUCCGCUUACUUUUAGUUUGUUUUACCCUAUAAAACACGUCAGUAUUACCCAAACCCAAAGUGAUGACACGAACGAGAAUGUCCACGACUAAUGUGGAUCACUUAGGGACCGUCACAGAACAUUUUUUUUUUCGCUGGCGCAACAAGGAAAUAAAGGGAUCCCUGCUUAUAGGUGGAGAUGUUUGUAAUUUUAGUUGCCAUACCGUAGCGGCAGUUUUCAGAUGCAGGACGCACAGAUGUCCGUCAAUCAACAUGACGCACAGAGGACCCGUAGAAUCGAAGCGUUGAACUCUGGAGUCCUGCGAUAUCAGGCGCGAGUAUGAGCUGUGUAAGCUGUGAUGACCCCGCACGGUAAAACGUCUGGCUGUUCGCGGGCCUUCGGUGGCUGCCUGGUGAGGGGGGGGGGCAGCGUCCGCUGGGUGCGGUAUAUUUGUCUGUUUAGGUCACCAGUGGACGGGUGAAGUGUUGAUGUUUUGUUACCGCGCAAAUACCUGCUGUGACCGCAAACAUGACAUUGUGCAACGAAUAAAGGUUAAGUGAACAA